AUUGGGUUAGUGCGGGGCUGGCCGAUAUCAAAUUGCUGGGACGGGCUCUUCCCUUGGCAUGUUGACCUCACCUGUGUUUGGCAGCUGCAUCACUUAACUAACAUUGGCUCACCAUAAUUCAAUAGAACUUCUAUCUAUAAUACAUUCGCUUUUUUUCUCUCUUUUCCGCGCUUUCUUUUCACUUCACUUGACUCUGACCUCAAUUCCAGACCUGUGCGCACCGUCUACGACAUGGAUCAGCCACACGAGCCCAACAACGCCGCUCUAUAUGCGCGGAGGCGACGGAGCUCUCUGGGGACUUCCCAGCUUUUGGAGAACAUUGUAUCCGCAUCCAACUUCGACAAGGACGAGGUUGACCGACUCCGCAAGCGAUUCAUGAAACUGGACAAGGAUAACUCCGGCACAAUCGAUCGCGAUGAGUUCCUCUCCCUCCCGCAAGUCUCGUCCAACCCUCUUGCCACACGAAUGAUCGCAAUCUUCGAUGAAGACGGCGGUGGCGACGUUGACUUUCAGGAAUUCGUCUCGGGGUUGUCCGCCUUCAGCUCCAAGGGCAACAAGGAAGAGAAGCUGCGGUUCGCAUUCAAAGUAUACGAUAUCGAUCGCGACGGGUAUAUUUCCAACGGGGAGCUGUUCAUUGUGCUGAAGAUGAUGGUGGGUAAUAAUCUGAAGGAUGUGCAGCUGCAACAGAUUGUCGACAAGACGAUCAUGGAGGCGGAUAAGGAUCACGAUGGCAAGAUCAGUUUCGAGGAGUUUACGGAUAUGGUUGAGAGCACGGAUGUUAAUUUGAGUAUGACUUUGAAUCAAAUUUAGCGAAACUUGGCUUUCUUCCUCUUAUGCUUGUGCUUCUGCUUCUGCUUCUCUUGUUCUUUGAUUCCGCCUCUCCCCGCUACGCCGUUUUGUA